CUUUAGCUGGCUUUAAGUCAAUUGAGACAAAUUAACUUACUUACAAAUCAACUUAUUAGUCAUUAACUUAUUAGUCAUUAACUUAUUAGUUAUUAACUUACUGGUUAUUCACAAAUCGAAAGUGUUUCAAUAACUCGGAAGAAUAUUUCGACUAGUGCUGAGAGAUCCAUUUUGUACUUCUACUGGUCGUCACUGGUGCUGAUUACUUCCAAAUUAAAAAUAUAGAAUUCAAACCAAUUAAGUUGAUAUCGAAGAGAAAAGAACCAGUUGUUUAGUCAACAAGAUGUCAGGAUUAUCAUUAGAACCCAACCCAUCUUCUUUUCAAAGUUUAUUUCCUUCAACUACUUGUAUUAAAGAUUUUGGAUAUCCUGAUUCUCAUCCUUUGAGAGUCGGUGAUUUUGAUAUCAAUAAUUUAACUGAUGAUGAUGAUGAUUCUUAUCAUGAUAAUGAUUUUUAUGACCCUACUUAUUUCCAUAAUUCUAAUGAUGAUUUUAAUGAUAACACCGAUUUUUAUUCAAAUGAUGAAAUUAAUCGAAAAGCAAUUGCAUUAUUCGACUUUCCUCCUGAAAAUGAUAAUGAGGUUGGAUUAACUGAAGGUCAAAUCAUUUGGAUAUCAUAUAGACAUGGUCAAGGUUGGUUGGUUGCUGAAGAUCCAAACUCCGGUGAAAAUGGUUUGGUUCCUGAAGAAUACGUAGAAAUAAUAUAUGAUGAUGAAGACGUAAGGGAAGAUAUCCCCAAACCUUUUUUACCUCAAAUCUUACAACCUUAUAAUCCAAUCAAUGAUGAAGAUAUCUCCAAUGGUAAUUCAAAGAAAAAUUCUAAAAAAAAAUCCAUGAAACAUAAUCCCGACGAUGAAGAUAGUGAAUGGGUCGAUACUGAUUUCGAAGAUGAUCCUAAUGACGAUGCUAAGGAUCUUACCUCUGGUAUCAAAAACACCUCCAUUCAAUAAUUUGUCAUUUCUCCUUCUGCAUCUACACAUCCAUCAAUUUAUCCAUUGCUAUUUUCAUCCCCCCCCCCC